CCUCACAGUUCUGAGGACCGGGGUUAAAAUCCCGACCCUGCCUGUGUGAAGCUUGCAUGUUCUCCCUGUGCCUGUGUUGAGUUUUCUCCAGAUACUCUGGUUUCCUUCCAAAUCCCCAAAACAUGUACCAAAAGAUAAUUCAAGGCUAAAUUCACCCAAUAGCGUGAAUAUAAGUGUGAAUGGAAUGAAUGAAUUGUGACAUACAAGAUAAGACUUGGUGAAACUGGUAGUUUGUCUGUGUGAGAAAGAGCACACAAGUUUUUGUUCGUUUUUAAUUACUGCCUGUGGCUUUGGGUAUGCUGUAAGAGUAGAUUUUUCCCAUCAUCUUGGUGUGUGAUAUUUACAAUAAAUCUGGCUGAGAAAAGGCAUGUGUUUGGGGAGGGAAUGAUCAUCAUUAAUCUCAUGUGGCUCUUUGCAGUAACAGUAAAAGAAAAAAAAUGUGGCUACCCCUGCUCUAGAUAGUGUAGUUACACCUUGUUCAGAUUCCAUAGUUUGUGCAAAUGGAACCAUGUUAGCCUGAUGAUUUAGGUGUUAACAUUUCACUCUCUGGUGCUUGCUUGACUGUAGCCUCAAUCACUUGCUUUACAGUGUAGGCUUUCACGCCCUCAUCCAGACGAUUGUCCGUCUGGUGGUUCGCGCAGUUAUGUGGAAAUGCUGUAAACGCAAGAGGGAGCCAUGGCGCCGUCAUUUCUAAUAUUGAAUAUACUUCAUUGGGGCGAGUUUCGGCCAAAAAAAUGAAUCAUAACUCUUUGAAUUCGUUACCACUGUUAACAGCUGUUGCUGUGAUGAACAUCAGACAUAAAGAUAUGAAACAAGAAGUGGUCAUUUUACUGUUGGGGGUUUGAUAGUAGUGUAAUUUACUUUGUUUUACAGUCAAGUACCUUAAGUCCAACAUAUGAUGUUGCUUAUGUGUUCGAAAAAUGAGCGCCAUGGCGAGAGCAAAGCUAAAUGUGUUCUUUCGAAUCAUUUGGAGUGCAACUGCAAUUAUGGUCCACGAGAGUAUAAAAUGCUUCUCCGCGCGUCGUUCCCGAUUUGGACACAAAACGUGUAGCCGAUUCUUCGGGGCUGGAACCUCGACAAGGAGUGGGGCAUCCUCCCCACGAGGCGCCGACAUUUUUGCGGACAGGUAGAUUGACCAGUGUAACCGAAAGAUGGCAGUAAUGCAAUUUACUAGAGGUCACCCUGCCAUGCGUCUUUUUGGACGAAGAAGACGCACACUCCACCAUAUGAGCGAUUUGCACGGAUGCUUGUGGAACAAUCUGUGUUACACAUGUAGAACGUAGCGUUACAUGUUUUAAAUCAGGUGCUCCACCUGAAUAUUCUUGACUUGAGCAGUGAAGUUGACCUAAACACUGCGGUGUAAUACAGUAUUCACCCUGAGUCGCCAAUUUUAUUGUGUGGCCCAGCACCUGAACACCGUGUAAUUGUGAAAGCUUCUGGAAAGCUUGGAACGUUUUAUACCUUCAGCGACGAUGACAGAUUUUUUCAGUUUGUUGGAUAACGAUGUUGUCGGUUUCGACUUAGACCAUACGCUCUGCCGGUACCAUCUGAAGGAGACCUCCAAGAUAUCGCCAGAAUGCACAACAGCCAUCUAUUUUUUUCAAAAAUUUCCCAGGGGAUGCCCCAGACCCACUUAGCAGGACUUCACACCUUCAGUGUUCACAUUUCUAUUUUCAGGAAUUUUCACAAAAGUCCACUUUCAUCUCUACAAUGGUUGCUCCUGCUUUAGAUCAGCUAAUCUACGAGAGUUUUGCUCAGUAUCUCGUGGAACAUAAAGGCUAUGAUAAGGACCUAUUAAACCUAACACCUACUACUUGGGAUUUUUGUUUCAAGGGCCUAGUGGUGGACCUUGAAGAUGGAAACUUAGUGAAACUUGCUGAAGAUGGAACUGUUUUGAGAGCAACACAUGGGACUACUGACCUCAGCACAGAAGAGAUCAUCAAACAUUAUGGUCCAAAAAGAGAGUGGAAGCACUUUAACAGCCUCAAUACCUCUUUUGCAAGAUCUGCUAAAUACUAUUUGUAUGACAACUACUUUGAUCUACCUGGUGCUCUCCUCUGCGGAAGAAUUGUAGACAUGUUACAUGAGUGGGGAAAUGAAGUGAAUUCAGACUUUUGGAAAGACAUGGUAGCUGCCAUUGACCACAAUUACAACACAUCAGCAUUUAGAGAGGAUGCAGGAACUUAUUUUCCCAAUGUUAAGAGGGACCCUGGGCGUUAUUUGCAGACCUGUUCUGAAUCUGUUAAGAGUUGGCUAUGGAGCAUGAAGAAUGCAGGGAAAGUCCUUCUCCUGAUUACCAGCUCCCACAGUGACUACUGCAGGCUCAUCUGUGAAUACAUCCUGGGGAAGGACUUUGAGGAGCUUUUUGAUGUCGUCAUUACAAAUGCCCUCAAACCUGGUUUCUUCUCCUUAAAACCGCAACAGCGAUCCUUCAAGAACCUUGUGAAUGAUGUGGAAAGUGAGGAUCUGCCAUCAUUGGACAAACCUGGUUGGUACUCCCAAGGCAACUGGAUGCACCUCCAUGAACUGCUUAAGACCAUGACAGGAAAACCAGAGCCCAAGGUUGUGUAUUUUGGAGAUAGCAUGAGGUCAGACAUGUUCCCUGCCAGCACCUUUGGAAAAUGGGAAACUGUGAUGAUUGUGGAGGAAAUGGAGGGUGACUGUGUCCCUAAGAGUGAUGCAGCCAAGUCAAAGGAGGGCCAAGUGGAGCCACAGGAGAAGAAGGGAAAGUUUGAGGAAAGCAUGAAGUCACCCUCCACUUUGUCUAACCAGUGGGGUUCCUACUUUGUCGAUGUACAUAGAAGUGGUGGAAAGGACGAGGACAGCCAGAAACUGACCUGGUGCUGCCACUGCAUUCACAAAUACAGCACCAUGGCCAUCCCUAGUGUUGAGCACAUAGCAAAAGGAAAACGAGCUUUGCCAAGUGGAGAAGACAAAGCUGAAUUUCCAUGGAAAGAAGAUGAGGUGGCCCAAGUUGAAAGAACAACACGAGUAAUGGAUUCAUUAACAAAGAACAAACAAUCGCAGUGAAAGAAAAACUACAUUCGCUGGACAACGACAUGAACAGGAUCUCCCUCUGGAUUAUAAAUUUCCCAGGUUUUCUCCAGAUAAACCGUGCACAACUGGAUACUUCCCAAAGCCCCCAGAUUCUUUGCUAAACAGAUGCAAAAGUCUGACCUGAAGAGGAAGUACCUUUAUAACAGACUCAUCUUUACUUUAUCCCUCUGCUUCUUGAGUUUUCUGUUUCUCCACUUACACCCGUAGUUCCCCAUCAAACCCAAAAACCUGUGUGGAGCAUAUAUUCCCCACCAUUAAUGAAUCUUUCAGAAAACAUGAUGGAUUUGAUGUAAGAUAUAGUGUCUGUCUAACUGUUUAAUCAGGCCUGUAUUUCGACGCUGUUGUGUAGUUUACCAAACAUGAGAAUGCAACAUAGCGUGGGUUUCUGUCUGAGUACAGUUGUUCCUUGUCUUGCGAGUAUCAUUUUUUUCCUUGACCCCAAUUGUAAUGCCAAUCACUCGCAUCUCAGAUCAUCUUUCCAUUUUGAAAUACAUGGGAAUGCCAUUAAUGUGAUCGAGCUACCCACCCGGCAAUAAUUACAAUUUUUUACAGAGCAUAAAGAAUAACAUGCCCCGGAGUAUUGAUUAUUUGUCUGCAUAUGUUGCUGCACAGUUUAUGUUCAAAUAUCCAUUAUAUAAAGGUUUAUAGGUGCUGCAACAUCGAUGCUAGUUUCGAUAGUCCGUCGACAGCAUUUUGUACUCUGCAUUAGCAAAUUAUUGGGUGCACAUUGGCUAAUUUCUCCAAAAACCCGUAAGUUGGGUCACUUGUAAGUUGAGGUACCACUGUAUGUGUUUAUUUAUGUAGUGUAAUUAACUGUGGAAAAUGUUGUCAUAUAUUUCAAAUUUUAAAGGAAAAUAUGUCCAGAGGUAAUUACUUUAAUGAAGUUUUCACUUACUCAAAUCCCAGGCUGUUUGCAGGUGUUUUUGUUUCAGUAUGUGUUCAUCACUGUUA